CAUCAGGGGACUACAAAUAUAAAACACUAAGCUGUAACCGAGGUUUAGCAAAGAACCCCCUCAGAAGUUUGAGGUACUGGGGAGAAGCUCUAUGGGAAGUGGGUGGACUCCUGCCAAACUUCCAUUAGGAGAGGGGACAUCAGAAAUCUGACCCCCAUUCUUUCAGCUUCAUGGUUAAGUGGAAUUAAUGGUGGUGACCUGCUAAUGACUGCUUUCGCUUGAUUUUUAUUUCUGUGCCUCAGUCUCUACACUGCAGACCCGGAGCCUUGCUUCAAACAGAAUGAAAGCUCACAGACCCCUCUCUCUAGGAUACUUCUUGGCCCUGCUUUGUUCCCAGCCGGCUUGGGCUCAGUUUCCAAGAGAGUGUACCACCACCGAGGCUUUGAGAAACGGCGUGUGCUGCCCAGACCUCCUCCCCAUCUCUGGGCCUGGGACUGACCUCUGCGGCGCCUCCUCAGGGAGGGGCAGGUGUGAGGCGGUAACGGCGGACUCGCGACCCCACAGCCGCCAGUACCCACACGAUGGCAGAGACGACCGGGAGGGCUGGCCUACGCGCUUCUUCAAUAGGACAUGCCGAUGCAAUGGCAACUUCUCAGGUCACAACUGUGGGACCUGCCGUCCUGGAUGGAGAGGGGCUGCCUGUGACGAGAGGGUUCUCACAGUCAGGAGAAACCUUCUGGACUUAAGUGCAGAAGAAAGGAACUACUUUGUCCAGGCCCUGGAUAUGGCAAAGCGCACAACUCACCCUCAGUUUGUCAUUGCCACCAGGAGAUCAGAAGAAAUACUGGGGCCAGAUGGCAACACACCACAAUUUGAGAACAUAUCCAUUUAUAACUACUUUGUUUGGAUACACUAUUACUCAGUCAAAAAGACUUUCCUUGGCGCAGGACAGGAAAGCUUUGGUGAAGUGGACUUCUCCCAUGAAGGACCAGCUUUUCUCACGUGGCACAGGUACCACCUACUGCAGUUGGAGAGAGACAUGCAGGUAUGCAGGAAACAUUUCAAUGUUCAGAUCCUUUACAGACAUUGUGCCUUGUUUGUAAAUCGUUACAGUGAUCCCACAGGAAGGUAUGACCCUGCUGUUCGAAGCCUUCACAACUUGGCUCAUCUAUUCCUAAAUGGAACAGGGGGACAAACCCAUUUAUCUCCAAAUGAUCCUAUUUUUAUCCUCCUGCAUACUUUCACUGAUGCAGUAUUUGAUGAAUGGCUGAGGAGAUAUAAUGCUGAUAUAUCCACAUUUCCACUGGAAAAUGCCCCUAUCGGACAUAAUAGGCAAUACAAUAUGGUGCCAUUCUGGCCUCCAAUUACCAACACAGAAAUGUUUGUUACUGCUCCAGAUAACCUGGGAUACACUUACGAAGUUCAAUGGUCAAGUCGGAAUUUUAGUAUUUCGGAGAUUAUUACAAUAGCAGUAGUUGCUGCUUUAUUACUGGUUGCAGUCAUUUUUGUGGGUGCUUCUUGUCUGAUUCGUGCCAGAAACAAACUGGAUGAAGCAAAUCAGCCUCUCCUUGGUGAUCAGUAUGAACACUAUACUGAAGAAUAUGAAACACUCAAGAAUUCUAAUCAGUCUAUGGUCUAACUAUAAAAUACUUAUUCUCUUAGGCAUUAGUAUCUAUCACAAACCCCUGGUUGAAAAAUAAUAGAUUGAGUUACUAACUGUAUUUUCUUUCACUCUGUUACUUUCUUAUGCAUACACAUGUUGGAAUUAAAGUUGCAGAUGUUAUUUUCCAGAGCUGGGGAGAGUCACAAUCUUUUCAGUGGGCUCGGUUUUCCAGCUCUAUUUAAAAUGGUAGGUUGCCCCAACUCCAUGGUAUUUAAGCAGAAAGUGUGAAGAUUUUUGGCAUGUUUUAAAGGUCAACUAUAUGACAAUGUAAACAAGCUGCUUCUGUUUUAUGUGUAAGAAAAAAAAAGCAUGAUUGAUAGCAAAUCUCUGAUUAAAAUACACGAGUAGGCAUUUCUACAAUGUUAAAAUGUAAAUACAUUUCCAUUCAUUGACACUGACCAACAGAUAUAAAGGGAGCCACAUUUAUUAGUUAAAAUAAUUUAUGCGUUGUUAUAAAUGGAAUCCCAACUAACUUCUUUAAAUUCAUCUUCCCCUUUGGGCAUCAGCAUAUGUUAUUUAGUUUAAGGUUCAAGGCCACAAUAAAAUCACAAUCUUGGUCACACUUUGGAGAGGUAAAAGUUUCAUUUUGUUUAAGAGAUAGCUGCUAUUGCCUAUUUGCCUCUGUGUUCUCCUGCCUCUCGAUGCACUGAAAAAGGAACUACCCAUUCCUACAUUUCACCUCCCAAUUCCUCUUCUAAUACCUUAGAGGUCCACAGGAAGGCACAAAGAUGUAGAACAUGCAUCAUAGUGCUCUACGAAUAGCAUUCAGUUAAUUGUAUAUGAUUCAAAUAGCAUUCUCUUAUCAUUUAUCAGCCUUUUAUGCAUUUUGCAAAUAAAAUAUUAAAAUAUUA